AUGGGUGAUCAACGAUUUACCUUCGCUCAAUUGCUUGAUGCAUUUCAAUUAUUUGAUACAAAUAAAGAUGGUUCUAUUAGUUUUGAUGAAUUUCGAUCUGUAUGUCAAAAAUUACAAAUGUCUUCUGAUAUAACAAGAUUCAAAAAUCGAUUUCAAAAUCGUGAUAAUAUAUCAUUUGAUGAAUUCUGUCGUGUUAUGCAAGAUUAUAAUUCAAAUUCAAAUUCAAAUGAUGCAUAUUUUCAUGAAACAUUUAAUGCAUUUGAUAAAAAUUCUGAUGGUUAUAUAACUGCUAAAGAAAUAAAACGAACUAUGAAAGAACUUGGUGAACGAUUAACUGAUAAACAAGCUAAAACAAUGCUUAAAUCAGCUGAUGCAGAUGGUGAUGGAAAAUUAUCCAAAGAUGAAUUUCGUAGUCUAUUUAAUCAUUUAACACAAUUUACAAAUCCUACAUCAACAUCACCAUCUCCGUCAAACACAAUUGAUAAACGUGAUUCAUAA